AUGGCUGCCCUUGGCACACACCAGCCAGGUGCCCCAACCGAGACCCAGAUUUCUGGUGACUCGAUCCCUCCAAAUUCAGGUGAUCUCCCCCACGUUCCAAGUCGCCACUCCCUCCCAGAUCCCGCCCCAGACCCAAGAGGAGUCAGGACCAGGAGCGCUCACCUCAGGGACUCCAGAAGAUCCCCAGGCACAGACAACAGGCUUCCUGGUCUCCAUUUGGGAGUGACAAAUGGCACUACCUUGGGGCAGCUGGGACCCCCACCAAUGGGGCUGCUGGCCCUGCAAGGGGCUUCUCCUGACAGCUCUGAAUCCCAUGAUGCUCCAAGACGGGCACAGAGGCUGAGGGAGAGGGGUCUCCCACAUCCUCAGCGAAGGUCUCUCCUCCUAAAUGCCUGGAUCCCACCAGCCCCAGCCCUGCUGAACAUCUUAGCCACCCCAGAAGAACCGGCCCAGGGGGAGAAUGUCACCCUGCUGGUGAGAGGCCUCCCUGGGGAGCUCGUGGCUUACAACUGGUACCGGGGGACGAACCUCGACCAGGCCCACCUCAUCCUGAGCUAUAUCAUCAUUACUGCGGACGAGACCCCCGGGCCUGCUUACACAGGCCGGGAAGCCGUCCGCCCCGAUGGGAGCCUGGACCUCCGGGACGUGGUCCCUGAGGACUCGGGCAGCUACAUCCUGCAGACCCUCAACCAGCAGUUCCAGACCGACAUUGCCUACGGGCACCUGCUGGUCUAUGAGAUCCUGUCCCCACCUCUCCUCCUGGCCAACGGCACCAAGCUGGUGGAGCGGCGAGAUGCCAUUCAUCUGCUGUGCAGUACCCCCAGCACGGGGGAUGUCCGCUGGUUCUUUAAUGGGGAGCCGCUCCCCAUUGGCAGCCGUCUGGGGCUCACCCCAGACAACCGGGUGCUGGUCCGGCACAACGUCCGCAGAGAAGAGGCCGGGGCCUACCAGUGUGAGGUCUGGAACCCUGUCAGUGUCAGCCGCAGUGACCCCGUCAACCUAACGGUGUACUAUGGCCCGGAUCGGGUAACGAUUGUCCAGGAAUCUGCCUUCCGGAUGGGCUGCACCGUGGAAGCUGAAUUCAACGCGUCUCUAACACUUUGGUGCGUGACCAGGUCCUGCCCAGACCCGGAGUACAUGUGGUCUGUCAAUGGGCGGCCCCAUGACAGCACCACCAGCUACCUCAGCAUCAGUGGAAUGACCAAGGACAAGGAAGGGACCUAUACCUGCAUUGCCAAAAACCCUAUGACCGAGCUCUCGGGCUCGGCGUCAGUCUUGGUCAAGAUGUCGGUUGCCACUUCAGCCAUGACGAUAGUGCCUGUUCCUGCCAAGCCCACCGAGGGAAAGGAUGUCAUCCUGUCUGUCCAAGGCUAUCCCAAGGAUCUUCUGGUCUAUGCCUGGUACCGAGGGACAGCCUCUGAGCCCAAUCGCCUGCUCAGCCAGCUGCCCUCUGGAAAUUGGAUUGCAGGGCCAGCCCAUACCGGGAGGGAGAUAGGUUUUGCCAAUUGCUCAUUGCUCAUCCAGAAGUUAAACCUCACAGACACCGGCCGCUACACCCUGAAGACUGUCACCCUGCAGGGCAAGACAGAGACACUGGACGUCCAACUGCAGGUCUCAAAAUGGAGCUCCCUGACCAUGGGGACCGUGUCUCCCCCAUCAGACUGGAGGAGCCCAUGUGGGAGAAUCCUAUCAGCCCCAACCAAACAGGAGUUCCUUGAAGAUUUGUACUAUGUCUCCCCCAUCUGA